CGCCAGGCGCUAGUUAAGAGCGCCUAACAGCGCGUGCUCGCUCUCUUAUCGUCGCACCGACUGAUAAGUUAGCAAACAAUUAGCGGCGCACGAGCGCCUCCGUCGUCGUCAUGGCGACCGUGCCUGUUGAACCGAGCACUGAAAAACGUGGACGACCAUGGCGCUUCAAGUUGGCGCCUCAGGCCUCGUUCGUGGUUGUGUUUGUCUAUAGCCAUGCUUCACUUGGCCACGGUGUACGCGAUGGGUGACCAACAGGCGAUUCUGAGCUCUGACGCUUGUGCUGGUUAUUAAACCGGAGGGAACUUGAAGGCGACGCGCCGCAGGAACUGUUGCUCGGCGUGUUCGAAGCCCCAAGGCGCGAGGCCUAUGCGAGUUAUAGCGUGACAAAGAGUUUCGAUCCGAGUGUCGGGCUUCGUUUAUGUUAUUGUGGAGCACAGCUGCGCAGCGUAAAUCGGCGUGCCAACGGGAAACAGUAAAAACUGUUCCAAAUUGAUCGAGCCGAGGCGCUGGUCCUUUAAAUAGCAUGCUUUCCGAUCUAUAGCGUGUUUGCGUCUAUCGGUCCGCAGUGGUUUGACCGCGGGUUAACCUACCUGACGCAUUCUGUAAAAGAGACAAAAAUAUGGGCGCGUAGAAAACAAACUCUACGAGGUCGAUCCUGCCUCUGAUGCGAGGCCACAUUACGGCGCAUCGCCGUGUCUGGUCGUUGCCCUAACUGUCCCAUCUUCGCGCUGUUUUUGUCACAGUAAAUGACAUUACAGAAUUUGGGUGCUGCGUACAACACAAGCGCUUUUUGGACAGUGCGAUCAAGACAGCACCUUUAAUACACGAGAGUGCACGUGUAGGUAAACCGAAAGCUGGAGCCACUUGCUGCGACUCUCUUUUGACGCCGCCGUUUCCAUUGUUUAACGAGGAGUCUCGCGCUGUCUCGAACAAGGCGAGAACGGCGCAGUUACGUACGAACCUGCUGGCCGCGUGAGCAUGCCGUUCACUUCUCGUUGCGAUGCGCGCAUGCGCACUGUGCACAAGGUAUCGUUCGCGCGCAUGCUAAAAGUUCUCUGUCAUCUGUUCGCGUUAAAAAAAUGCGAUGGAAAUGUUACCUAUGUUGUUGCACUGCAAUGGUUGUUGCAUUCUUAAUCAUUGACGCCCGGAGUAUAAAGGAGCUGCGUCGAAUCUGUGACGUCCGAUUAGAAGUGGGCCCGCAGUCCCGGGUUUGCCUGCGAGAAUCCUUGCAUUAUAAGAAGCCACACCACCUGCGCAGUGUUGAUAAGGCGAGAAAGUGUACGUGCGGAAGCGUGCAUAUAGUGACUCGGCAGUGCUGGUUAUCUGUACGAUGGCGCCAACAUACCGCGCUCGUCGUCUACAGCCGAGUUUAGACAGUAUAGGCACGAAAUUUUGAUCCGGUGAAGCGAAAACAACCAACGCGUCUGCAACGGAUCUGGAGCCGCCGAUCGAAAAUGCAUUCAUCUCACCGCGGGCAAGGCGCAGCAACGACACCGUUCCACGAGGUGCGUUGCGUCACGAGGGACAGGAUCGAAGUCAGAGAGGUUAACCUGUACAGCAUCCACUUCGCCACCCAUCGCGGUAGCGAAGGCACGGUCUGUCGGGCUCAUUGUCUUGGAGGUAUAUCGCGGGCGGAGGGCAUUUGGUACAGUGUCGAAAGGACCGGCACACUCUACAACGACUCGGCGACCUGCACAAUGUACGAAGUAAAGCACAAGGAUGGCAUGAUUUACGAGGUGGAACUCACCUACCGGAGCAAGUCGAAUACGAUGGUGAAGAAUACGUUUCGCGUACUAGAAGAUUCCGACCACCCAGCUCAGUUCUUUUUCGCGGAUCAAGACAACCAGAAAGUAGCAGUGCGGUUUUUGGGAACGGACUACAAGAAUUGGAACGUCUGCUUCGGCUACGUCUACGGAAACAUACCCGUGUACGGCAUAAGCUCUAGGACGCCCACGCUGGAUCCCAAAUACUUGGAGGAAGCCAAGGCGAUAAUGAAGAAAAACGAAGUUGGAAGCACGGAGAAAUGCACGCCGAUGUAGCAGAAGUGAAGGAAAGCAAUGCAAGUGCAUCGGAUGCGCUUUAAUCAGUUCCAGGCAAUAAAUGAUGAUACCAUCGCUAUGUCCUCGA